AUGCCCGCUCGAUCUGACUACGGCUCCGUCUCCAUGUCCAUGUCUCCUCCUCCUCCCCAAAACCUCUCCAGCUACUCUCGCUUCAUGCACGACCACACCAAGCGACAAAUGGAGGCUUCUGGCGCUAGCCCCCCUCCCACCAACGCUACUGCUGGCCGGGCUCGUUCAUCCAUGACCAACGGAAACACCAGCCCGAAUUACUCCUAG